AUGUCGUUUUUCUCGUUUGCAUUGGGAUUUAUCAUAUUCGCGUCAAUAUUCCCCUUUGUUUUCUUUUCGAGAACGAUUAUGAGCCUAACGGAUUGCAAAGAGAAUAGUACUACAAAUUCGGUCAUAAAAAUGUCAAAUUCGAGUAAACCGACUGUUGCACCGAUUUCUUGGGCAAACACUAAAAUUCUGUUUUCAGAUAGUUUUGGUAGUGGAAAUCCUCCUACAACGAAUGACAAAAAUCUGUCCGAUGCAUGCAACAUGAAAGUUUUGCCUAUCAUUCUGAGGCAGACAGGCAACUGGGACACUCCUUUUGAUCGCUAUAAACGUUGUGUUGCUUCCUACAAAACAAAUAAGUGGCCUGCAUACGAAUCGUUAGUCAACUUUGCCGAAUCCAAAGAAUCUCUCUACGAGUUUUCCCUCGAGUCCAUUCACUGGUUUUUAUUACGAAACGUUUGCUAUAACCCACAAUCAAACUCAUUCGUUCACUUUAGCACCAUCGAUGCAGAUCAUCUCUCCCGUCUCCAAUCCCUCCUCCCCAUUCCAAUCGCCCAAUCUCCCGCCGAUCUCCCCGAAUUCGCCCACCGCGCCGGCACAAACGUGGAAACGGAGAACGUCUGGGGGUGGUUCGUGUCCCCCGACGAUUUGGAGGGAAUUGUCCAGCAGCGAAUUCUUUUGCAUUCGAUUUUCGCUCACCCCGAUUUUUUCCCGCCCGUAGGCCAUCCCCGCGGGUAG